AAAAAAAAAAGAGAACUGUAGUUGAUUGCCCUCCAUAAUUUCUCCUUCUCUCUGUCUCUCAUGGGAUCUCACUGCGACCUAUACCUCCUAUUUGUGCUUCUGAUUUCAGUUGUCUUACUACCAACUCCUCUACUUUCUUCUUGUAACUUUCCGUUUGUCGUCAACUUCGGCGACUCCAAUUCCGACACCGGGGGCCUCUCUGCAGCAUUCGGACAAGCUCCUCCUCCAAAUGGAGAGACUUAUUUUCGCUCCCCCGCCGGACGCUUCUCCGAUGGGCGAUUGAUAAUUGAUUUUAUAGCGGAAAGUUUAGGGUUGCCGCAUCUGAGUGCGUAUCUGGACUCAAUUGGAUCGAACUUCAGUCACGGAGCCAAUUUUGCGACGGCUGGAUCAACCAUUAGACCCCAAAACACCACUAUUGCUCAAAGCGGGUACAGUCCGAUCUCAGUAGACGUGCAGUUCGUUCAAUUCUCAGAUUUCCAUAGAAGAUCUCAAAUAUUUCGGAAUCAAGGGAAGGUGUUCGACGAAUUGUUACCGAGAGAAGAUUAUUUCUCGCGAGCUUUGUACACCUUUGACAUUGGCCAAAACGAUCUCACUGCUGGUUACAAGCUCAACAUGACUACUGAACAAGUCAUGGCUUACGUUCCUGACUUGCUUCACCAACUCUCCAUUGUCAUCAAGAAUGUGUAUGCUGAAGGAGGAACAUCUUUUUGGAUACAUAAUACAGGCCCAGUGGGCUGUUACCCGUAUGUGUUGGACCGUUUUUAUGUUACUGCAGCCCAAAUAGAUAAAUUUGGGUGCGCCAGCCCGUUGAACGAGGUGGCCCAGUAUUUCAACAACAGAUUAAAAGAGGCCUUGGUCCAACUGAGGAAAGAUCUUCACAUGGCUGCGAUCACCUACGUUGACGUCUACAUCGCCAAGUAUACUCUCAUCAGCCAAGCAAAAAGAUUUGGGUUUGAGAGACCUCUUAUUGCUUGUUGUGGUCAUGGGGGCAAGGAUAACUACAACAGGUAUGUAAAAUGUGGUGGUAAGAUUACCAAAGAUGGGAAGGACAUUUUAAUUACAAGAUCAUGUAAAGAUCCAUCGACUCGAAUUAUUUGGGACGGGACCCAUUUCACAGAGGCAGCUAACAAGUGGGUAUUCAAUCAAAUUGUUAAUGGGUCGUAUUCCAAUCCUCCAAGCCCAUUGAAAAUGGCCUGUCAAACAAUGUUUGGAACAUUUUGAACGAAUCUUCGAGGGAUGUAUUUUUGCUA